UCGUCUCAUCAUUAGAACCAAAAACAAAAAACAAAAAAAAUAAGCAUCUAGUAUAAAUAAGACAAAAUCAAAGAGAAUAAAAAUGGUGGGUUUGCGCAGAGCAAAGACGGUACUUCUUGUAUUAGUGGUGGUUAUUUCCAACACAAUAGCAGACGGGGCACCCCUUGAUCGAGGACCCAAAGGAAGCGGCGCAGCUGCACCUCUUGGCGCUACGGUUCCCGGAGGAGGCAAUGCAGCUGCACCGGUUGGAGCUACAGCACCAGCAGCAGCCGCAGGAGGCCUUGCAGCUGCACCAGCAGGAGCCGCAGGAUCACUUGACGUUAAAGCAGCAGGAGCCAAAGGAGACGGAACAACCGAUGACACUGCGGCAUUUACGGCUGUAUGGAAAACAGCAUGUGAAGCACCAGGACCGAGCACGAUUACAGUGCCAAAGGGUGACUAUUUGGUGAAUAACAUAGAGUUCUUAGGUCCAUGCAAGGGUCCCGUCACUUUCGAAAUGAGUGGCAAUAUGAAAGCUCCGGCUACGGUCGCUGCCGUUAAGCCCAACUCUGGAUGGGUUGAUUUUACUAAUCUUGCUGAUUUCACUUUGAACGGAAACGGAGCCAUUUUCGACGGUCAAGGCUCACUCGCCUGGAAGGCCAAUGACUGCGCCAAAACUGGAAAGUGCAACUCUCUCCCCAUUAACAUACGAUUCACGGGUCUCACAAACUCGAAAAUCAUCGGCAUAACAUCAACGAACAGCAAACUUUUCCACAUGAACGUUCUCAACUGCAAGAACGUAACUCUUGAGAAUAUUGGUAUUGAUGCACCUCCGGAGAGUCUCAACACCGAUGGCAUCCACAUCGGAAGGUCCGUUGGAGUGAACUUAAUAGGGGCAAAGGUUAAAACAGGAGAUGACUGCGUUUCCAUUGGAGAUGGUACUGAAAAUCUCAUUGUUGAGAAUGUGGAAUGUGGACCAGGACACGGCAUUGCUGUAGGAAGUCUUGGAAGGUACCCUAAUGAGCAACCAGUCAGAGGAGUCACCGUGAGGAAAUGCCUCAUCAAGAACACCAGUAAUGGUGUCCGCAUCAAGACAUGGCCUGGAUCUCCCCCUGGUAUCGCCUCCAACAUUAUUUUUGAGGAUAUCACAAUGGACAAUGUUAGCACUCCCAUUCUCAUCGACCAAGAGUAUUGUCCUUAUGCCGACUGCAAAGCUGGGGUACCAUCUAAAGUGAAAUUAUCGGAUGUGACCUUCAAGAACAUUAAGGGCACAUCAGCGACAAAGACUGCUGUGAAAUUAAUCUGCAGCGUAGGCACGCCUUGCACUAAUGUUGCUCUUGCUAACAUCAACUUGGUCCACAACGGUCCAGAAGGACCAGCUGUGGGGGCAUGUGCUAACAUGAAGCCUGUUCUCACCGGACAGAUGAUUCCACCUGCUUGCACUGAGAUCGCUAAACCGGGUCCUUGAAUUAUAUAGUCGCUUGUCCACCAAGCAUCCAUCUAAUCUGGUUAAUUAAGACGCUGGUUAAUUAAGACGCUUUGAUUAGGCUGCGAUGAAAAAAGUUUUGAAAUAACUAUCGUAUUUAUUUUAUUUUUGACAUAUAAAUGAUGUGGAUACCUCUAGAGAGUGACACAUGAUUGGUUAGUAAAUUUUGUAUCAUUCUCAAUAUGCGAGAGCGCUUUAAUAUAUAAAUAAUAUUAUUGAAAUUUUUAAGUUUUUGGAUUAUAUUUUCUAUAAGUUUGAUUUAGAUAUUUCCAAAGUAUACUCUCUUUUUUAACAAUAAUUUUUUUUUUGAAACACCACAAUAAUCUUUUUUUAUUUAUGCAAUAUAAUGCGGUUAAUAAUAACACAAAUAUUUUUAUGAUCUCAGUUUUGUUUACAUAACACUAUUUCUACGAUUAUUCAAAUGCAAUAUGUAUGUCUUUAAAUGAUAAUACCAGAGACACUAGACAUAAUCUAGAGAAGUCAUUUCACGGUUUUAUUCCUUAUUUCGAUUACUUAAGAACAUUAUAUAUUUACAAGCUAGCUGCUCUGGGCAUCUCAAAGUGAUAAACAAGCAUUCAAUAAAUACAAGUUAUAAUCUCUACAAUGAUACGCAAUAAAUAGACAGAUAAGAUUAUAGUCUCACGCACCAUAAUUUUAAAUCAAGCCAAAGUUCUAAACACUAUAUGAUUUUAGAUCGGUUCAUCCCUGGCCAAACCACUUCAAGCAUUAAACAUAGUGAUCUAUUGGAGAAUGUACAAUUUGUUUUAGGCAUAUUGUAUAGCUUGGUUGUUACCUUUGGCUUAGACUCUUAAUACGAAGAUCAUUGUCUCACAUUUUACAAAUCAAAUUGAGUAUGAGUAAAAGAAGUAUAUGUCAUACAACUUAUCGUUCGUUGGAUUUUUUUUCUAUAAAAACAGUAGAAGAAAAGAAAUAAAUAAAACAUAUAAAAUAGUUUUCUAUAAAAUAGAAGUACAUGAACAUAAUAAAACGAGUUUUUGCUUGCGUUCGCACAAGACAUACAAACAGCAUGAGAAGAAAAUAAUCUCAAAAGUGAUUAAAAAGACUUAUUCUCGAAAGCCCUACAAUGGCUAAAUCCUCUUUUCCAAUAUCUCACACUAUCAAAAAAAAAACAAAACAAAAGAAACAUAUAACCUCUAGUACAAUCUGCCUCAAAACACCAAACCUUAAAA